AUGGCUCAAGCAGAAUCAUCCAAAGCUGCUGCCCGCAAUGGUCUUCAUGCUUCAACAGCCGGAGCUCCCCCAGACUACGAGCUCCCUUGGGUCGAAAAAUACCGCCCAGUCUACCUAGACGACAUCGUCGGCAAUACCGAAACAAUCGAAAGACUCAAAAUCAUCGCCAAGGAUGGAAAUAUGCCCCAUGUCAUCAUUUCCGGUAUGCCGGGUAUCGGAAAGACGACUUCUAUCCUGUGUCUUGCGAGACAGAUGUUGGGGAAUGCAUACAAGGAGGCUGUUUUAGAGUUGAAUGCGAGUGAUGAGCGAGGUAUUGAUGUUGUUCGGAACCGAAUAAAGGGAUUUGCACAGAAAAAGGUUACGCUUCCUCCGGGGAGGCAUAAGCUUGUUAUCCUUGAUGAGGCGGAUAGUAUGACGCCCGGUGCUCAGCAAGCCCUCCGACGCACAAUGGAAAUCUACUCGACCACCACCCGCUUCGCUUUUGCCUGCAAUCAAUCCAACAAAAUCAUUGAACCUCUCCAGUCUCGUUGCGCGAUUUUGCGCUACUCGCGUCUAACAGACGGUCAAGUCGUAAAACGUCUCAGCCAGAUAUGCGAAGCUGAAAAAGUCGAGUUCUCGGAAGAUGGUAUUGCGGCACUUGUAUUCAGUGCAGAAGGCGACAUGCGUCAGGCAAUUAAUAACUUGCAGAGUACUUGGGCUGGAUUCGGCUUUGUGAGUGGUGAUAACGUCUUUCGUGUUGUCGAUAGUCCACAUCCGAUCAAAGUUCAGGCAAUGAUUAAAGCUUGCUGGGAGGGGAAAGUGGAUUCUGCUCUAGACAUUCUAAAUGAGCUAUGGAAUCUGGGCUACUCCUCGCACGACAUCAUUAGCACCAUGUUCCGAGUCACAAAGACCAUUCAAACACUUUCAGAACAUGCCAAACUCGAAUUCAUCAAGGAGAUUGGUUUCACACAUAUGCGCAUCUUGGAUGGCGUCGGCACUCUACUGCAAUUGAGUGGUUGUGUUGCGAAACUUUGCAAGAUUAAUAUGAAGCCUGAACUUUUUGUGCCGUCAAAUAAAUACUGGCACCCCCCAGAUGCAAGUGCCAUCAACAAUCUAGAUCUCAAUCUGGGCUCUGACGGCGUGUUCGAUUUUAUAUUUGACUCCUCUAUAACUCCCGACGAGCGAUAUGGACGGUACAAUUACUGCAAUAUGCCGCAUGUGCGCAGGAGAGAAUACGCCGUUGCGUCGGCGGAGUAUGAACUUGUUUAUGUUGAGAUAAUUCAUCGCCAUCACAAAAGAACACCGUAUCAAUCCAAUACCUUCCCCUUGGAAAAUGAUACAUGGUAUUGCAACGAUACACAACUCUAUCACUACGCCCAACCUUCAGCCGGACAACAAAUGAGCACCAAUACUUAUUGGCAGAUUGAAGAAACCAGUGCAUUCGAUUUGUUCCCCGUAUCUGGAUUUCCGGGUACGUGUAUCUUUCCGCAGAUUACUCGUGAAGGAUUACAGGAUUCAUGGCAACAUGGUCGCGACAUUUAUGAGGUUUAUCAUGAUCUUUUGGGGUUUUUACCCGGUGAGUUGGAUCAGAGGAAAGUGAAGUUUAGGGUUACGAAUAAUGAGAUUACGAGUCACGUUGCGGGUAUGGUUAUUGGGGGGAUGUACGGAGAGGGGGCUGCCGUGCCGUUGCAUGUGCAGAAGGCAGGUGUUGAUUCCUUGGAACCACAAUAUCCAUGCCCUGGUGGCCAAGCUCUAUUCAACAACAUCAAACACCCCAACUCUCCAUCCUCUGAACAAUGGAAGACUCAUCUCGAAAAGACCAAGGAAUUAAUGGAGUCUUUGGACUCCAUAUCCGGCAUUCCCUCAGAUGCAGAUGAUUGGCACACCAGCUACGAUCACUACUUUGACAAUCUUUCCUCUCGACUAUGUCACUCCAAACCUCUACCUUGCAAACAAGAGCAACAGUCCAACGACGCGAAAUGCAUAACACGCUCACAAGCAAACUCCGUAUUCCGUCUUGGACAAUGGGAAUACUCACGUUUAUUUCGUGAUGCGCCGUCCUCGCUUAUAGCCAGCGCAGCGUUAUAUGGUGUUUUCAUUGCUGAAAUUGCGCAACAUCUACGCGAGCAAAUCAGAUUCUUAGAUGAGGAUAUUGAUCAGAGUGGUAGAGUGUUGUAUCGACACAACGUCGCGCAUGAUGGAAGUAUUUCGCAGAUACUAUCGCUACUACAAACCAGGCAGAUGGUUUGGCCGGGUAUGGGGGCCGAGAUUGUUUUUGAACUAUAUCGGAAGAGACCUUCUUCUUCGAAAGAGAGUGGGCUCUAUGUCCGUGUUUUAUGGGGAGGACAAGUGUUGCAGAGCUCAAAUCCGGAGCUCGGUGAUAUGAAGUUUGUGGAUUUGGAGAAGUUGCUGGGUUAUUUUGAUUCUUUAGUUGGACGGAAAGCAGAGAGUGUUGCAGAUCUGUGUUGAUUGAAUAUCAGUGCAGUUGCUGGAAACUGUUUUGGAUGAGACCAGUAGAAUGAAUUGGCUCCUCUUAACUAGACCAAAAGCUGUGCAUAUCAAUUGAUAUAGUAUAGAACUAAAUAACU